GCCUGGGACCGGCCCGAUACACCGGCUCUCCGCUUAUUUCCUAAUUUGGUCAUCUGGGAUUUGCGGCGAUUGCUCUCGACCUUCAUCCACUACUUUCGCAGAUCUCCCAUCUUACCUUGUAUCUGGCGCGCCCGGCACAGAAAGUGGCCUGCAGAAAGCACCGAUCCCCCAGAAGUUCGACAUCAUAUGCACGUGUACCACCACGUGGUUUUAUCUGCUGUGCCGUGUCAUCAUCGCUUGUGACGGUCUUUGCUCUGCGCACUGACCAUCUCCGCGUCGAUCAUGUCGACGUCGGACGCGACGACGAGCUCCUCGGAGUCGUCUGCAACAAUCUACAAAGGAAAGAUAACGCGCUCCUGGCCCCAGCUGCCCCCCGAAGUUGUGCGUCUGAUCGCGACACACCUCCUGCUCCAGAGCAGCAGAACAGGCCAUGUCCCCCACGCGUUCAAGCAGCCCCAGCAUUGGCAGCAGCGCAUGCUCUACGAUGUUUUGCGCAACUUCAACGUUCUCGAGAAGAUGUACGAGACCUGUCCACAGUGGGGAGCUGCACUUGACUACCACCUCUUCUACAAUCAUGCACUCGCUGUCAUGGACCCCCACAACCAUCUCGGCCAUCUAGCCGUCGUCCGCGUCAAGUCCAACUCCUCCACUGCGGCUACCAUUCGCGUUCCUCCAGCCCGUCACUUCCGCCAGAUCUACACCAACACCUGCAUUGUCUGUCGCAUCAACCACCCUACAACCUCGCAGGGGCUCUCACAAUGCAGAAGAUAUCAUCGCCCGCCAUCAUUUUACUCGUACGGCGGCAUGUGCACCGAGCACUGGAAGCGGCGCUUAUUUUUCUGUGGCGUCUGCAUGCGCGACUCUCCGCCACAAGAGAUGGGUGAAUACCAAUACCAGCAGCCACACCCAAGCGCUUUAGUCGCCGUGCAAGAGAAUGAGGAUGAGGAAACUUGGCCCGGUGUGCAGGCCACUUGUCGCGCCUGUCGCGGUCAAGCUCUCUGGAACCGCGUCAAGGACUCUGCGGACGACGUCGCUGCUAUCGGUGGGCCGCGCCUCAGCGGGGAAGUCGACUGGGACUUCACAGGGGAUGUGGAUUGGGAGACAGGUCUCUCUCGGGAUGCUUUCCUAACUUGGGGUGAUGGCGCCGUGGAUGAUGUGCUCUCGCUCGCUCGCGAUAAGUACUGGCUCCGCAAGCACACGAAGAUACGCGAUCUGCUCGAGCAGCUGGUCGUGAGCAGCGCAUACGAUAUGGCAGUGACCGGGCAGAGGUCGCGGCGGCGGGCGACACUCACGCCCGAGGUGGCCAGUAACGCUGAUUACGACGACUCUGACGUCUCGGACGACGAUGUAUAUGGCAUGGAAGACGAGGAUGGCGCGCACUAUCGGGAAGAGGCGCAAGUUCGCCCGCUAGCACUUUUGGAUUGGGCCCGAAACCGAAUAUUGGAUGGGCAUUGGCUCGCGCCCAGCGAACAGCUUCUGAUAUCAUACGGGCAUAUAGAAACCGACUACGCUGCCGGCGGCAAAGAUGAGGACUUCAUCGUCGAGGCGCGACAUCCCUGCCCAUGGUUCACAGACGAGGAAGACACCGACGAAAACGACACCGCGCGCGGGAUCGCGCACCCACGUAUAUCAUCCGUAACCCUGGACUUGCCCUCGAACACUGGCUUAUUGCGCGCCGUCGACGGCGCGUUCGCGCAAGCGAUGCGCAACCUCCUGCUGCCGGCCCUCAAGAACCUCGUCCGCAAACUCGUACAAGAGUGCUCGGCUGACGCCGCAAGCACUCGAGCUGAGCGCGCGGCGUCGCUCUCAUCGCCCCAGAGCUCGCCCGUCCUUCCUGCGCGAACACUGCCUGUCAAGCGAUUACCCACAGAUCCUGCCGUGCGCGCUGCGCGGCUGUCGCUGGAGGAUGUCAUGGACCAACUGCGGGAGGAGAGCACGUGGAUUGAAGGCAUUGACUGGGUCGCUCGUCGCGAGUAUCGGCGCGAAGACGAGCGGCGAGAGGAAGCCUCAGCGAAGGAGAAGGCGGACGAAGAGAUGAACGACGACCACACAGAGAGCCCUCCGACGUCGAGCUCGACCGCAAGCCACUCAUUACCUCCGGACUCAGACCUACCUAUGGGCGAAGGCGAAACGAAGAGCGAGGAGGGUGCGACGAAGGUCGCUGAGUCGGAAGCCAUGGAUGAGGACGCUGCGUCCAUCACUAUCGCUGUCGACCCCGUACUUGAGAACCCUCGCACCAUGCCCGCCGUUCCGUAUAUUCCUAUCAGCAUCGCCCAUCUACCAGAAAAGAGUCGGAGGGCGAUUUGGGAGGUCUGGCGCGAAGCAUGUGCCCCGCUAUAUCAUUGCCGAUGCAAGAUCUGUGUUCGCGCCCAAACCGUCGCAAGCGGCGCUGAGGGGUCGCAGACGGUCCGGCAGAACGAGCAACGCCUCCCCGAGCGAGAAUCACAGGUCGCGCCCCUUGCGCCGGCCGCUCAGAUCGAGCUCUUGCCCAUGGCCACUUUGGAUGGCGAGGAUGAGAUGGACGACGCCGAGCUGGAGUCGUAUCUCUCCUCCGCGGAUGAGGAGUUGGAAGAGGUGACGGUGCAAGAGGAGAUGGAGGAUAGGCGAAUGACCGUCCCGUGUGAUGAUACCUCCGUCGACGGUGAGCCGAUACAGGAGGACGACGUGGAGACCAGCCCGCAGCGCGCGCGCAAGCGGUCAUGCGACGAGCUCGAGGAGCAGGAGGCACUAGAGGGGCUGCCGCGCAAGGUGCGCAGAGCGGCGUCGCAGCAAGUGCUGCAGGAGGGACUCCAUCCGAAGAGCAACGGGCACCUUGACAGGCCACGCUCGGCAGAGCAGCUAAGGCACGGGAAGGCGGCGAAGCCUAGGACGGCUGAAGCAGGCAAAGGCGCCAGGAGCGGCGAAGUUUCGAGGGAAGAGUCGAUUCGCGGCGGGACCGAUGGCGGGCGGCGGCUGUCGUAUGAACAAGUUCAGAUCCGUGUACCAAUAUAUAGCAGCCGGGGGCUGCAGGAGAAGGAUCUUGUAGAGUAUGCUAGAUAGUUGAGCUACGCGAGGGAAGCGACGAGGGGUGUAAUCCAUGUAUGAAGGCAUAUAGGUGUUCAAUGCCUUGCAAAUCGCAUAUGUUGAGGACAGCGGGAAUGGGCGUUGUUUGCUCUUGUAAAGUGAAGCUUUGUAGUCGCAGCUUGAUGUCAAUCCACAGAAACACGACAGCUGUCGAGCAGAAACU